AUGCCUCCUGAUAGGAUAUUUGGACGAAUAGAACAAAAGCUUAGGAAAAAAGAAAAUAUUGUGUCACCUAGUCAGUAUUAUGAUGUUUUUAAAGAAGAAACCUCAGUUCAUGUCUACGGCAAAGACUUUUUGAUGUAUAAUUUUAAAAAUGCAACAACAAAACAGACAAAAUCAGUUUUAGGUUUUGAAACUACAGAACAAAAAGUAUUUUCUUAUGUGAAAGGGUUACACACAGUUGGUAUAACACCAUCUUAUACUGAUACACAAGUUCGAUUAGACAUUUUAAAAAGGAACUCUAAUCUUAAAUUAUUUGAAGACAAUUUAGAAGUUUUACCAAAAAUAAGUCACGUAAAACCAGCAAAAAAAAAAGAUGUAGCUAGUUUAUUAAAAUACUUUUGUAUACCUGAAGAUGCAAAACAAUUUUAUGAUGAUGUGAUGCAAGAAACCACUAAUAAUAUUGUUUUCGAUGAUGAAAACCCUGAAGGUGCAGCUUAUUAUGAUGAAGAUGAAUGUUAA